GGCGAACUUCAUUUGUCAUAAAACUGCGGAAAUCACGUGCCAGAAAGGUUUCUUUCUCUGCGCACGCGUAAAGCUCCCAGCGCACGCAGCCGCAGUUAGCCAGAGCCGGCUGUGAGGAUCGGUGGCGCGAUUUAAAAUGGCGGAACGCGGCUACAGUUUUUCUCUCACCACUUUCAGUCCUUCUGGAAAGCUUGUUCAAAUUGAAUAUGCUUUGGCAGCUGUUGCAGCAGGAGCUCCAUCAGUUGGAAUUAAAGCUGCAAAUGGUGUGGUAUUAGCCACAGAGAAAAAGCAGAAAUCUAUACUGUAUGAUGAACGGAGUGUACACAAAGUGGAACCUAUUACUAAACACAUAGGCUUGGUAUAUAGUGGCAUGGGCCCUGAUUACAGAGUACUUGUUCAUAGAGCUCGUAAAUUGGCUCAGCAGUACUACUUGGUCUAUCAUGAGCCUAUUCCAACAGCCCAGCUAGUGCAGAGAAUCGCUUCUGUGAUGCAAGAAUACACUCAGUCUGGAGGUGUACGUCCAUUUGGAGUGUCCCUAUUGAUAUGUGGAUGGAAUGAGGGCCGACCAUAUUUAUUCCAGUCUGAUCCAUCUGGGGCAUACUUUGCAUGGAAAGCAACUGCAAUGGGGAAAAACUAUGUAAAUGGAAAGACAUUUCUAGAGAAAAGAUACAAUGAAGACCUAGAGCUUGAAGAUGCUAUUCAUACUGCUAUCUUGACAUUAAAGGAAAGUUUUGAAGGACAGAUGACUGAAGAUAACAUAGAAGUUGGCAUCUGUAAUGAGGCAGGAUUUAGAAGACUCACUCCAACUGAGGUUAAGGAUUAUCUGGCUGCAAUCGCCUAAUCUUGAUGAGAACAUGCAACUGCUUUCACUUUUUAACUUCAUUUAUAUUAGUGGCUUUUGAUUUUAAUUUCUACUUUGUUAAACCUGUAGAUUUUUUUAAUGAAAAUAUGGAUUCACAUGCCACUGAAAUAUGAAACUAAUUAAAAUAUUAAACAACAUACAAGAAUAUUUACACAAGCUAAAAAAAAUAAAAAAUUGAUAUAACUUCUGAUUAAAUUUACAAAAUACUUCAUUAUACUAAUAUGGGAGGGGAAAAAACUGAGAUUUUCCAUUAAAAUUUUUAGGUGGAAAGAUUUUUUUUUUAAUGUGAACAUUAAAAGGGGAGUGGGAUAAGAAACCUGCUAAGCAUCUAGACAACAAUCUGUGAGUACAUUGGGUAUCCCAGGUUUACUUUGGUGGUAUUUCUUCCAUGUUUCAGUGGAUUUUUUACCUUGAAGUGGCCAGAGACUAUAUUUGCAACCUUCUGCAUGCAAAUCAGAAGACUAAGUAUUCCUUUUUAUUUUAAUUUGGAAAUCAAGGGCGAGCAUUUUGAACAUGGCAGUAGUGGAGUAUGGGGAUCCCAGUGGGGAUGGAAAAAAGUAGAUAUUGGCCAUGAUCUGGAACAUCCUUUUAAAAAAAAACAAACUAGUUGAUUCACCCCUUUUAAAAAAAUAAAUACUUUGUUUUAUUUGUAUUUAUAAUACACAGAUGCUCUCAGAACUGCAUGUGUAUCUUAAUGUUGCACAUAUUGUGCUUCAUUGCACAUUUAAUUUAAAAAAAUCUUGAAAACGUCAGACUAGGCUCUAAAUAUACUGUAUGUUCAUUUUCCCUGUCUAAUCCAUCCCUAAAUAAAAAUCUACAAGACGUUA